CCAGGGAACCGGCCUUCCCCCGGCCUUCCCCCGGCCUUCCCCUCAGGCGCAGCGCGGCGGGGAACGGACUCGGGGCUGAGAGGCUCCCGCUUCCCGCUCCCCUCACCCGGAGCCCGGGCGGGACCUUUCCUGCUCACCUCGGCUGAAGCCCGGAGUCUUUCCCGCUCCCCUCAGCCGGAGCUCGAGGGGGCCCUUCCCGCUCCCCUCGGCCGGAGCCGCCUCCCCUUGGGACAAAAUCUAAGCAGAACAAGGAGGUUUUGCAUUUCUCAGUGCUGAGACAGUCAACAAUCUGAAACUCUGCACCAUGGCAACUGGAGUUAUAAAGUGGUGGCAGUGAGAGGGUGACCCAGCUGAACUGUCCCCUCUUUCUCAGGGCCUUUGGAGUUGGCAGCCCCACACCACCCAGAAAAAAUGCACUGGGAGCAGUCUGAAGGAGAGGAUUCUGCAGCUGCAGGAAGAGAUGUGAUGGGAGAAUGGAUUGGUCUGGAAAAUGAAGAGGCCAGAGUUAAGCAAGACAAGUCUGACAGCAGAACUCAUGCUGAAAGGACUGAAUUAUCAGGCAGAGAACUGGAUGCUCUUCAGUCUUUUUGCACUGUGAAGAUAAGAAAAAUGCAACAGCAGCUGAUCCCUGAGCAGGGAAAUGGUGGCCAACCAAGAAAGCUGCAGGAUGGAGCCAUGGCACAGAAACCACAGCCAAGUGACCUGAACUGCACUGUUCCUGAGCAGCUCAUGAACAGACUUCACCUGAUAAAUAUCAGAGAGACUCUGAAACAGGUGGCAGAAGCUCAAAUCCAUGAUUCUUCUGUGUGCCCUGACUGUCAAGAGAAGAAAGCAGAGUUGGCCAAGAUCUCCUUCCUCAGACGGAAGCAGUUUCUCCUGAAAAGUGCUUUAACCCAACAGAAACUGGAAGAGCAGAUGUAUUCCAGAGAUGUGCUUACACUUCUGGGAGAAGCCCUCAGAAGCCUUCCCAAACCUUCAGAGGAUCCCAGGAGCUUAUGGCAAAGGCUGAAAGAGCCACUUUGAUCAGCUUCCAAGAAGAGGAACUGAACCUGUUUAUUCGUCUUGGGAGCUGGACACAAAAGUUUCAGUCUGGUGGCACUGGGGACAAGGCUUUGGUGCUGGGAGCGAUUGUGUUCCCUGCGAAGCUGUUACCUGACACAGCACCCAGGUCCUUCCUCAGGAAAAACCUGGACUGGAGCUUUCAGUGCAGUUACUCCAAAUCAUACAUCAGAAGAACACCCAGCGUGUUCUUCUGGAGCAUUCUGAAAUGUUCCUGCAUUCUUCCACUUGUGGUUUUGUUACCAUUCAGUAGGAUUUUCAAGGAGCGACUUUCUUGUCUCCACUCGGUAAGAACCCAGCUGGACUUCUGAAUGCCACUGUGUUUAAAAAAUGUGGUUUUAAUUUUGUGAGCACACACAUUAAUCUCACGAGCACCACGUUUGUGUUUUUAACCAGCUAGGUAACUGCUUUUUCCUCCCCAGCUGAUUGGGAAUCUUUGCCUGCACUGCCAGCAGGAUGAUGGGGAAUGGAAUGAGGGGGAGCUUGAACCCUCUGCCAGCAAGGUAUGGGGUCCUCUAGCUUUCAGAUUACCUGCAGGGUUGAUUCAGGGCACCUUAAAAAUAAACCAAACCAUUUUCCAGCUUCUGGGCGUGAUUAUUCACUGCUUAUUUAUUCAUAAUAAAUAUGGUUUUGUAAUAAAAUAGUGCUGUUUGCUCUCACAUAGACCAGUGUGUAUGAUCCAUAAAUAUGUUCGUAAAAUAGAUCUGUAGCAUGUAACAGAACCCUUCAGAAUAUUCUGUGAAAAUUCAUGGGUUUAGUUGAUAUA